CCACAUUACACCGCUAAAAUUUAGGCCGACAGCGACGGCACACGGACCUUCACAUACAUCAAGCAAAAUCAUUCUAGCCCAGUAUAUGCUGGCUGUGCUAUUUAAACUCUAUCAGACAUUUUUUCUUGUCAUACGAUAUCUCACUACUUUCUAAGAAUAUUGACAGACUUGCUGAACCGCCAACAUGGGGAAAAGUGCUAAGAGGAAGAAGGAGAAGAAGGCGGACUUUCAGAAACCCAAGUACAAGGUCGGCAAAGCAAAACCCAAAGCCUCCAAUGUCACCGAUACCAGUUUCAAGGCCAAAUCGAUUGUCAUGGGACAGCAGUCCCUCUCCACAACUGCACCCGAUGUGAUCCAACAGUUCAAGCACAGUCUGUCCGUGGCGUCAUCGUCAAAAUCGGACAAACAACGACAAGAAGGACUGGCGCAUCUGACUGGUCAACUGAGCCAGCAACCGCCGGUCAACCCUGUCGGCACGCACACCCUCCUCGCCAAACUCCUCCCCUUGAUCACAGACAGCUCUACUCCGGUGAGGAAGCAGUUACUGAAACUUUUCGAGCAAUUACCGGGCGAGCAAGUGCGGUAUGCUGUGGAGCAGGCGACCAUGUUCAUCAGGGCCGGCUUGACGCAUCUCUCUGCCGACAUCAGCAACGAUGCCCUGAACUUUAUGGAGUGGCUCCUCGAUGCUGCCGAUGUUGAUUUGGUUUCAUGCCCGGGGGGCUGGAUCAAGACGCUGAACACCUUUUGUGCCAUGCUCGGUUGGUCUGCGGCUGCAGGCAAGGACGGCUGGUCGUCUGGCGGACGGGGAGCCGCCGUGCGAGGAGGCAAAGCUUCGCUCAACCAGUCGCGCGCUAUUGAGAUUCUCGCCAAGUUUCUCGCGGCAGGUUUUGUUCCAGAAGAGGCUGUGGCAGAGGACGAAGGCGACUGGGAUCAUCUCUACCGAUUACCUCGCGACCCGAAUGCCUUUGCAUAUCUCAAUCUGACGGGCAUGCGGAGGGAUGAGGAUGGCGAGAUGUAUGCGGACCGAGAGUCAAGGCAAAGGGUGUUCCAUCGAAGAUUUCUAACACAUGUUGUGAAAGGGGUCGAGGCGGCCAAAAAGGAGGGCGGCACGUCUGGCAGAGCUGCGGCGGGCUUGGAUCAGCUCCUGAGAAGCGACAUGGGUAUGGGGGACUAUGAACCUCUGGGUGCCAUGGAUACAGAGGAUCUGCUAGACUUAUGGUGACAACCUUUGGUUCAAGCUGUGUUGUAGAUGUGAACGGGUUCUCGUGGCAAUGCUGUGCUCGACUAGACUCUGGAACGUAAGGGCUUGCAUGUUGCCCAAACAGUCAGAAUACCGAAAGUCUUGCCAUGGCAGUGCUUGGGAUUGUCCAUCAAUUGCCUGUUCUGCGCCAUGUCGGCUACAGUAAUGCAGAUAGUGCCUAAUCGGCCGACUACACGACACUUCACCUAUCUGCCUUGAUGCGCGUCCGGG